AACCCUACAUAAACCCUGAAGCUUGUAUUCCUGAAAUAAAUAUUCAAUGGCGCCUGAUCAAAACCCUCCUUUCUUUUCUCUCAAGCUAAUGUUUUCAGAAUGCUGAUAUUCCCGAAUUCAUAACAUUUGGAGCUCGAAAAACCUAUCAACAUUCCUCCUUUGGUUAGGUUAAGUGAAUCAAUUUGGGAAAAGAAUGGCUAAAAAUUGUGCAUCGGGGGUUUUAGCAGCAGCCGUGGCUUAUGCAACUUUCGGUGUGGAUCGUGCUUAUGCAGAUGGAUCAUCCGGUUUUUCUCCAUUCUCGAACUCUUCUUCUGCGGCUUCAAAAUCUCCGCAAGCAGCUCCGGAGCCGGCGGAACCGCGGGUUCAUAAUGAGAAUCCAAGGACGACUUCUGCUGGGUUUGACCCGGAGGCGCUGGAGAGGGGUGCCAAGGCGUUGAGAGAGAUUAAUCGCUCUUCCUAUGCUAAACAGGUAUUCGAAGUGAUGAAAAAGCAAGAAGAAACCAGGCAGCAAGAAUUAGCCUCAAAAGCAGCAGAAUUCAAGGCAUUGAAAGCUCAAGCUGAAGCUGAGAAACAAAAGGUGGUAUAUGAAGAACAGAAAAAGCUAGCUCAACAACAGGCACAGAUAAAAUCACAGAUGGCUCGUUACGAAGAUGAAUUAGCAAGGAAAAGGAUGCAGGCAGAAAAUGAACAUCAUAGAACGAGAAAUCAAGAACUUGUUAAAAUGCAAGAGGAAUCAGCUAUGAGGCAAGAGUCUGCCAGGCGAGCAACUGAGGAGCAAAUUCAAGCACAACGUCGCCAAACAGAAAGAGCAAAGGCUGAAAUUGAACGUGAAACUAUAAGAGUGCGAGCUUUGGCAGAAGCAGAGGGAAGAGCCCAUGAAGCAAAACUUGCGGAGGAUGUUAAUAAGAGAAUGCUGGUUGAACGUGCAAAUGCAGAGCGAGAGAAAUGGGUUGCCGCUAUUAACACUACUUUUGAUCACAUUGGAGGGGGUCUUCGAGCAAUUUUAACGGAUCAAAAUAAGCUGAUUGUAGCUGUAGGAGGCGUAACAGCUCUUGCAGCAGGGGUCUACACUACAAGAGAAGGGGCUAGAGUAAUUUGGGGUUAUGUGGACCGAAUAUUAGGACAACCAUCUCUGAUAAGAGAAUCUUCCAGAGGGAAGUAUCCAUGGUCCGGCUUAUUUUCACGGGCCAUUAGCACCUUCUCCGGUAGUGGCAAUAGAACUUCUGGAGCUGGAUUCGGUGAUGUUAUUUUGCACCCUUCUCUUCUUAAACGAAUCGAGCAAUUGGCUAAAGCAACAGCUAAUACAAAAACUCAUCAGGCUCCGUUUAGAAACAUGCUUUUUUACGGUCCACCAGGAACUGGAAAAACCAUGGCUGCUAGGGAGCUUGCCCGUAAAUCUGGUCUUGACUAUGCAUUGAUGACUGGAGGAGAUGUUGCACCGCUCGGCUCUCAGGCAGUUACAAAGAUACACCAAUUGUUCGAUUGGGCUAAGAAAUCGAACAGGGGUUUACUUCUUUUCAUCGACGAAGCAGAUGCAUUCUUGUGCGAGCGGAACAAAACAUAUAUGAGUGAAGCUCAAAGGAGUGCACUCAACGCACUCUUAUUCCGCACGGGUGAUCAGUCAAAGGAUAUAGUCCUUGCUCUUGCCACAAAUCGGCCAGGUGAUCUUGAUUCUGCAGUGGCUGAUCGAAUAGAUGAAGUUCUUGAAUUCCCUCUGCCUGGAGAAGAUGAACGGUUUAAAUUGGUGAAGCUCUAUUUGAACAAGUAUAUAGCAGAAGCUGGGGGGAGAAAAACAGGUUUGUUUUCACAUUUGUUCAAGAAAGAGCAGCAGAAGAUAGAAAUUAAGGGAUUGAACGAUGACAUUAUUAAGGAAGCUGCAGAAAAAACCGAGGGAUUUUCCGGGAGAGAAAUUGCGAAAUUAAUGGCGAGUGUUCAGGCGGCGGUUUAUGGUAGUGAGGACUGUGUGCUCGACGCUAAUCUGUUCCGCGAAGUGGUGGAUUAUAAAGUUGCAGAACAUCAACAAAGAAAGAAACUUGCUGCAUAUUGAUCAUUUAAAAUGUGAGAUUAUUCUUUUCUUUUCCCUAGUGAGAACAUGUAGUAAUUACUUUUUUUUCUUGAUUUUAAUCGAUACGUAUUGAACAUA